UUCGAUACUUCAUUUUAAACAGUCUAUGGCCACCGAUCUCUCGCCGAUUACAACUUCGCCGCUUCUCCGUCGCUUCUUCCGUUUCGUUACCGUAUCUGAGACUAUUCAUCUUUCCUUGAAUCAGGUUUCUUUGAAGGUAUGGGGGAUGAGGUUGAUUUGAGUGGAGAUGGAGGAGUCUUGAAACAGAUUGUGAGGAGAGCUAAGCCUGAUGCUAUUGCUCCUUCUGAUGAUUUUCCUGUUGUUGAUGUUCACUACGAGGGUAUAUUGGCUGAAGAUGGGAAGGUUUUCGAUACUACGCGCGAAGACAAUCUGGUUUUCUCCUUUGAGUUGGGGUCAGGGAGUGUUAUUAGGUCAUGGGAUAUUGCACUUAAGACCAUGAAGGUUGGGGAAGUUGCAAAACUCACUUGUAAACCAGAGUAUGCUUACGGAAGUGUUGGAUCUCCUCCCGACAUCCCACCUGAUGCAACGUUGAUUUUCGAAGUGGAAUUGGUUGCUUGUAGACCAAGGAAAGGUGCUAGUGUUGGAAGUGUUUCCGAAGACAGAGCCAGGCUAGAAGAUCUGAAGAAGCAGAGAGAGAUUGCGGCGGCGUCUAAGGAGGAUGAUAAGAAGAAGAGAGAAGAAGCAAAAGCUGCUGCAGCUGCUAGGAUUCAAGCUAAGCUAGACGCUAAGAAAGGUCCCGGCAAAGGAAAAGGAAAAGGCAAAUCUAAAUAAGUCUAAAACCAAGAGACCAACGUUGUUGUGUAAACUUUUAAGAUUAUACAUGAUUUUAAGCUUCUAAAUGUUAAAAGUGGCAGUUAUAAAUUAUCAUAAUGUGACCAUUACAUGAUUUGUUUCGUGUCUAAAGAUCUUUGCUGAUUUUGAUUUGCA